CAAGCAGGCUGGGAGAUGGGGCUGAUGGGAGAUGUAGUCCAGCACCGCCACAGGCCCCAGGUCCCUCUCCACGUGGCAGCAAGGCUUCGCGCCGGCAGGCAUGCAGGUUCGCCGACUCUUCCUGCACCUGUGCGCUCGCUCUCUUCUGAUCUCCCCUCGGGUAUGCGGAAAAUCCAUUACUUGUUUGACAAUGGGAAGGAGAUGGCAGAGGAAUAUGACCUGAAGACAAACCAGCUGCUUUUGAGGAAAUGGAGAGAGAAGAAUGCCUUGGGUGCUUGUGGCGCUUGGCAGGUUGAGGUGGGAGAGCCAAACUUGCUUGCAUCAGGACCUCUGGAUCGUGAGCUCAUUAAGGAGAGCAGUACUAAUCCUAUCUUUAUGCGCAAAGACACCAAGAACAGCUUCCAGUGGCGGAUCCGGAAUUUGCCCUAUCCUAAAGAUGUCUAUCGUGUUUCAGUGGAGAAGGAUGAGCGCUGCUGUGUGGUCCGUACAACAAAUAAGAAAUAUUACAAGAAAUUCUCCGUUCCUGACUUAGACAGAUUCCAACUGCCCUUGGAUAGUACUGCUCUGAGCUUUACUCAUGCCAAUAACACAUUAAUAAUCACGUACCUGAAGCCAGCAGAGAUUCUGGCUGCAGAGGAGGAGCUGCAAAAGGAGCUAAAGAAGAUCAAGGCAGCUAAUAAUGGAGAUGGGGAAUGCAAGACACAGUAGCCAGCAGUUGCAGAAUCUCAUCUGUAUAUAUUUUACUACUUUUAUUUAAUAAAGGAGAUGAUUGGAGACAAACUUUUUGGGGAAGGACUUAAGUUACCUGAGUUUGUAGAUUCUGAAAGAGCUUCUCGCAAAACUUUUAGAGCUCCCCAUCAGCCUGCUGGUGUCCAGCACAGGUGAGAAGCACCAGUCUCUUAGGAGUUGACGUCUUUGUAUGUGUGCUAAUUACAAUUCUCAGGGAGCCAAAACUCCCAUAUUGGCCUGAAUAUAAGCCGCACCUUUAAAAUUGGAGGGGAGGAAGAAAAAAAGAAAAAAAUGCCCAAAUAUCAGCUGCUCCAUUCCUCGUUGCUGCUGGCUGCAUACUGGGGGGGGCGAGCCGUGCUGCGUUGCCGGUGGCCUUUUCCCUUCCUCCCUCUCUCCCUUCCCAGCCUUGGGGGACUACAUAUGGGGCGGGCACCACUAUGCUGCGCUCCUGGCGCUGUUUGCCUCACACUCCCGGCUGCAUACUGUAAGGUCGUGAAUAUAAGCUGCGCUUUCACUUUUCACAGUCAGAAUUUGGGGGGGAAAGUGAGGCUUAUACUCAGGCCAAUAUGGUAUAUGCAUCCUCUAUAGCACUAUGAAUUACUUUAAAGGUUCUAAAAACUUGUGUCUUUGUCUUCAAGAAUAUGGCAGGAGAGAGGUCCCAGAAAAAAGAUGAGUACCAUUACUUCUCCUACUGCAUGCAAUAGCAUUUAAAGUUGAUAUAAAGGGAAGUGCAAGAACCAAGUAAGCAUAGCUUACAUAGUUUCCAGCUGACAGUGUCAGCUGCCCGCAGUUGCCCCUCAAACUGAACGCCCAACCUGUUUCAAACAAAGCAUAAAGGAUUUUUUCCCACUGCCUUUGCCCUAGAACGUGUAUAUUCUGAGCUCUCAAUACUUUGACCUCUCUCAGUAUAUCAUUUAUGCCAGUUUGUACCACUAUUGAAGGUAUCAAUUUCAUUUUAAUAAAAGCAAAUGUUCAAAUUUC